AUGCAGAACUACGUUGGCUUGAGCAAUGGCGUGCCUGCUUCUGUUGAUCCUGAAUUGCAAGAAAGCCUCCAGGUUUUAAAACAUCGAAUUACCAGACUGGAAGGAGUCCUUACUUUGGAAGGAAAAAUAACAGAAGUGGGGGAAAAAAUUCUCGCUACCAAUGGGAAAGAAGUCAAUUUUGAAACCACAUUAAAAGCGUGCGAACAUGCUGGUGGCUCCAUCGCCACCCCCAGGAACAAGGAGGAGAACAAUGCUAUUUUGGAUAUUGUGAAACACUUUAACAGAUAUGCUUAUCUGGGUAUAAGGGAGAGUGAUGUUCCAGGUGAAUUCCAGUAUCUGGAUGGGAAACCUCUGAAUUAUACCAACUGGUACGCUUCUGAGCCAAAUGGCAAAGGAGGGGAAAACUGUGUGGAGAUGUUCACUGAUGGCAGCUGGAAUGACAGAAAAUGCGACCAGUACCACCUCACUAUUUGUGAAUUUUAAAGCAUAUCCUCUCAGUAAUUUCAUAGUGCAGAGUCCAUGCAAUAUUCUGUGUCUCAGACAUAAA